GGAGAGAGUGCUUUCUUAAUAAAGACACUUGUCACAACCAUUGGACUUACCAUCCAUUUGCCUUUAGUUUGAACAACUGCCUGCUGCUAAUCCCAAUACUGAGCUGGACAUGGCAUUCAAUGGAAAAUGGAAAAUCCACAGUCAGGAGAACCAUGAAGAGUUUCUUAAAGCAAUGGCUGUCCCUGAGAUGUUGAUCAAAAUGAUCAAGGGUGUCAAGCCAACGACAAUAAUUGAGCAGAAAGGUGACGACUUCACCAUCAGAGUUGAGACUCCCCUCCGUACUGUCACCAACUCAUUCACUAUAGGGAAGGAGGCAGAAAUCACUGCCAUGGAUGGGAGAAAGUUUAAGUGUACUGCCAGACUGGAGGAUGGGAAGCUCAUCUGCGAUACAGAGAAGUUCUCCCACAUCCGGGAAAUCCAAGGGGAGAACAUGGUUGAGACUAUCACUGCGGCCUCUACAACCCUCACCAGGAUAAGCAAGAGAGUCUGAUCUCUAAAGCCACAGAGACAAGGAUUACAUUUUCAAUUAAUUAAUUUAAAUGACCUUUUAUCUCGGGUAAUAUAAUAGCUAAAAAAUAUUACAUUAAAAUGACAAAUGACUCAACAUUGCAUCUGCUCAUUUUAUGUCUAAUUUGGACACAUGCAUUUUAAAAGCCCCAAAGCAAAUGUACUUCCCUAACAAAACCAAUACAAAACGGAUAGCUUUUCCUGA